AUGCGCGCGUUUUCCGUUCUCACGCUCGGAAUAUUCGUUGCGGGCUACUCGACUGCCCGCUGGGACCUCGUCACCCGUUUAUACGACUUGGCUGUCUUUGCUUGGGAUCACGGCGUCAUAACCCGCGCCGCUAAAGCGUUCGCCCUCCUCACCAUACUGUUCCUCGUCGUCAUCCUGCCUGUCGAGCGCAUCGCAUCGUACGAGAUCGAGCAGAACCCCAGGACUGCCGAAGGCACCAUUUCGGCCCGCGAGCAACUAAAGCGACGAGGCUCCCUCUGAAGUGGCAGAGCUGCGACAU